UCCGUGGUACAGGACUGGAUCCUGUGCAGCUCCAUCUCUCCGCUCAAUCUCAUCCAGUCGUCCUUUCUCUUUCUUUCAUUUUUCUUUCUUUCCUUUUCUCUGUGUGUGUGUGUGUGUGUGUGUGUGUGUGUGUGUGUGUGUGUGUGUGUGUGUGUGUACCUCCCACCUCGCGCUCAGAGCAGGGCAGUGUACAGUCGGGGGGGUUAGUGUUGUCAGCCAGAGGAGGGAACAUGCAGCAUCCUGGAGGAACCUGCGUGGCGUUACCCAGCGCGGACACCUGUCCCCAGCUGUCCUGCGCAGCCCUCACCUUCAUGUAUCUACAGCAGGGUAACCAGGACACACCGGCACCCCCGGACCCAUCCAUGGCCCAGGCUUACCCAUCAGCCCAAUUUGCCCCUCCUCCCCAGAACAGCAUCCCAGAGUUCACAGCUUCACACCCCCAUCCACACUCCCACCCGCACCAGCACCCGGCGGCCCUGCAGGACUACCCUGCGGUGCAGGCCUCCGUCAGCGACCACCCCCUCAACAUGUACCAGUCCUCGCAGAGCCACGAGGGGCCGAGCGGCCCGGAGCCUGGCAGCCACAGCGUGCCCGGCAACGCCACACAGACAGAUGAAGCCGCUCAGACAGACAGUCAGCCUUCAUCACAGACGGUCCCUGAAAGCACCGACAGCAAGGCCCAGCCCAAGAGACUGCACGUAUCCAACAUCCCCUUCAGGUUCAGAGACCCAGACCUCAGGCAAAUGUUCGGCCAAUUUGGCAAAAUCUUAGAUGUGGAAAUCAUCUUCAACGAGCGAGGUUCUAAGGGUUUUGGGUUCGUAACGUUCGAGCAUAACGUGGACGCCGACAGGGCCAGAGAGAAAUUACAUGGAACCGUGGUAGAAGGCCGUAAAAUAGAGGUCAACAAUGCAACAGCCCGAGUAAUGACAAAUAAGAAGACUGUCAACCCAUAUGCAAAUGGCUGGAAGUUAAAUCCAGUGGUCAGCGCUGUCUACAGCCCAGAAUUCUAUGCAGUACCAGGUUUCCCCUACCCAGCAGCCAGUGCAGCAGCAGCAGCGUACAGAGGAGCCCACCUAAGAGGUAGAGGACGGACGGUGUACAACACAUUCAGGGCGGCUGCUCCCCCCCCCCCAAUCCCUGCGUACGGAGGUGUUGUUUACCAGGAUGGAUUUUAUGGUGCAGAUAUUUAUGGUGGUUACGCUGCCUACAGAUAUGCCCAGCCUACUGCUGCCACAGCUGCUGCAUACAGUGACAGUUACGGACGAGUAUACGCUGCCGACCCCUACAACCACACACUCACUCCAGCAGCCACAUACAUGAACGCCUUCACCCCACUGACAGACGCGAAAACUCGGAGCCAUGCCGACGAUGUGGGGCUCGUGCUGUCCUCUCUCCAGGCUAGUAUAUACCGGGGAGGCUACAGCCGCUUUGCUCCCUAUUAGCAACACCUCCAACCUGAACCCAACCUUCCAACAGGACAGAAAGUGUGUGUGAGCGAUUGAAACCACGAGUUAUCAGAGAGACGUUACUGAGGCCUGGGUAUUGCAAUACAUGCAGUCUGUGCAUAAUUUCAGCGUCUUCUAAGAACGAAAAAAAGAAAAAGAAAACGACAGCUGAUAUUUUUCAUCUUAUACCUCAGAUAUUUUGUGCUGUGUAUUUUGAUAUUGUGGGUUUUUAAUUUCUAAAGAUUUAAACCUAGAUUAUCAGCUGUAGGUUUUCCAUAGAGAGCUGCUAGAGUAAUGAUGAGACACAAAUACAAUAUUUAUCAGAUUCAAAUAGUUAGGGCUUGUAAAGAACUCCAACCCUGUAAGAGAGUCACUUUUUGGAGUUUUCUUACGUUUUGUUAGUGUUAAAGUGACUAUGCCAGUCAAGUAUUGUUGUUUUUAUCGUCUCAGCUUAUUUUGGUACUUCCUCUUUCAGUUUAGCUAGAUUGUUCUCCCCCAUUGGUUUGUGAAGAAGCGAAGAAGCCUUGAAACCCAGGGACAACUUCUGAGGGCGGAGAGAGAGAAGCUGAGAACAGCCAUGCUGUUUGUAAGUUACCUCGAGACCAAGCUUUAUUACUUGCGACUGCAACUUUACUAUCAUAUGCUUAUGGUUAUUUUGCAAAAAGCAAGAUAACAAUAAUAAUACCAAAACAAAAUGUUAUGUCUGCAUAGUCAUGGAAGCUGCAUGUAUUGUAGCCCAAUUUUGUAUUGAGUGCGAUAUGAUGUGUUUUUGUUUUGUAACAUAUGAAAUUGCAUUCCAUUUAAAAAAGGGAAUAAAUAAAUCAUCUAAGUAUUUCAUAAUAACACAAUCCCUGCUCUAUCUGAAAUAUUAUCCAGCGAACUUCCAAAAACACCCUGUUUUAAGAUUGGUUUGUUUCAUACGUUAAUUAACCAGAAAAUAAAGGUUUAAAAUGUGGCUACAGUAGAGUGAUGCAGUGAUGACACAUUUCUGUAGUCCUCGAAAAAAGGCAAUAGCAUUUUCCCAUUGGAUUUUGGAAUAUGCUGACAAAAGCUCUGUAGCUAAAACACGUUUAUGAUUCUUAAAUGUUUAGCCGCAUAAUCUACACAUAUUAUCACUUUAUUAUUUUUGAAGCAUAACUGCACUGUCAAGAAGUAGGUAUCUAACAUUAGGUUAUAAAGGAACGACAUCACGGUCCCAAGGCAUCGCAUCACCACCGCUAAGCUAAAGAUUCUGCAUUAUGAUGUUAGACUUUUUUAGCAACCACCGUUUUUUUGAGACGGGUAAAAGCUUCAGACAUUCAACAACUGACGUAUUUCAAAUCGUAGAACAAAACGAGAAAUGUAUUUUGCCUGUGUUAACCACAGGCCUUAUUUUGUGGAUUUAGGACUUUUUCCAGCACCAGUCCUUUAAUCUGUCUGACAGUAUUUGAAAUUAGGACCAACAGCUGGCAGAAAGUAAACUUGGAGCCAAGAGGUUUCUAUACCCGUGCAAUCCAAUCAAGCAGUUUGUUGCAAAAGCAGUAUUUUACUUAUUGCUUAAUGCUGAUUUAGCAUCUGAUCUAAUUAGAUAUGAUUUAGGUCAGUGUGCUCGACAUACUGAUCAUGCAAAAACACAAUUAUUGACUGACAAGAUCACCACAACAACUCACACCAUCAGCCGCUAUGGCUAUAUUGAUUAGACAGGGUGACAAUAAAUCUGGUUUAAAUAAAAUCAUCUUGCAAUCUUUAAGUCAAAGAGAGACUUAAAACCCUUUGGUGAAUGCAAUGUGUUUUCAUAAACCACUAUUCUUUGUUUUAUAUUCCAAAAAUAUAACAUGUUUUUGUAAAAAGGGCAUUUGUGCUUUUGUAUCUUGAUAAAGAGGGUCAUUAAGUUGUGAUCACUUAAUAAAACAUGCAACAACAAGUAUUGGCAGUCCCAGCUGCUCUCAGCUUCCAUAGGUAGUCCAGGUCAGUUUAGUUUCCUCUUAGGGAGAGAAUGGUGUGAGUCAGUACAUUAUGCAGCCGGGUAUUUACUGACUGAAUCCUGUGCUAAUGUCUUACACCACUUCAUGCCAAAGGGUCCGAUGGAAAUAUCUGCCGUGUGUGUGUGCGUACAGUGAAGAUUUUACAUAGCUAUAAAUUAGGAGAAAAAAAAUUGCCAUGGCAACUAAACUGUUCAACUAUUUAAUUGCUUGGUCCAUACGCUGUGAGCUGCAAAAGAGUAAGCUCCUCAUUAAAAAACUUAAAAACUUAAUUUAAUAUGACCAAUUAGAAUUACUGCUGGAUUCCUGGAGAAGUCAAACUUUAAAUCAAAGUAUUUAAAGAUUUAUUAUUUUGUGGCACUAAUUAUCUUCCGUACUGAGUAGAUGUAAUGGUUUUUUAUAUAAACUUCCAAUAUAUUCAUUGGUAUAAUUGAUGAUUUUUAUAUUACAGAAGAGAUUUAAAAAAAAAAUAUAGCAGUGGCCAAAGCCACUGUCUAUUUUAUCUCUUUGUUGAUUUUGUUGCUGUUUUUUCUUUCAUUACUACAUUUUAAGAGGGAUAAAGUACAGUAUAAUAAUCCAACAAUGUAUUAUAAUUGAACUGUGCAGUGAAGAUGUUCUCUUAUAUGAAAUACACAAUGGUAUAAUGUUUUAGAUUUAGAAGAGUAGAUCAGUUGUUAGGGCGAGCUAUCUCAUUUUCUAUCGCAUAUCCUGAUUUGUAUUAACUCUUUACAAAUGAUGUAAUCACAAUCUAGAUUCUCACACAUCGACAUUUUUGUCAACUGUACCAUUUUGCACACGUCCUUUUCACAUAAAACUGAGACAUAUCAGUGCUGUAACCUUCCUUAACUUCUUUUCAUUUCUGUAAUGUCUCUCUUUUCUCUCAUUCUUAAUGUGACAUCCUUUCUGUUAUUUACUAGAACUCAAACUUUGCUCUUUGAAAAUAAACUGUUUGAAUAUUAUAACACUAAAUAAAUAUGAGAAUUUGUGAACAGCCUAAUCUACGGUAUGAUGUAAAUAGAAUUAAUGGAAUACUCUGUAGUGUAUUUGAAAAGCACUACACGUAUCAGGACUCUGAUACAGCUGCACUGUAAGCCAGCCCGCUUCCUGUGCCACAUUCUGUUUACAACUAUUCCCAAUAAGUGGUGUUGUUACAUAUCUCCUUUUUUGUAUUUAUAACACAUUAGAUAGGAUCAACUCUCAGAUGCAUCACAUAAAGAAGGCAGCAGUCAGAGCCUCGACGGUUCGAACCCCCCCCCCCCCCCCCCACCCCUGUGUCCGUCAGAAACAGGACCACUCGUUGUCCUCACUAUGCUGAAUGUCUGACUCCUCAACUACUUUAUACAGGCUCUGCUUCCAGUAGGUGUUGUGGUUCAAAACAAGGCUUCCUACCCAGUCAUUGUAUGUGCAUGUACUAUGGUUCUUCCACUAAUCAAUAACCAUCAAUAAAGUUUUGUUUUCUCAAUAUGU